UACGUACUAGCAUGCUUGCGUUCGCGGUACACUUGUACUGCGGCCCCUACACUGUCGAUCCAAUUUCUUGAACGAUUUAAAGCACCAUUUAAUAUUCUGUGGUCAAAAUUCUGUGAUUUUAUAUCUCACUGGUUAAGCCCGUACAUAUUGAGUUUAAACAGGCAAAAUCAAAGGUGAUAAAAUGAGUGGGAUUGAGCCAUCAAAAUUGAAGGUCGCCGAGCUUCGUGCGGAACUGCAGGCGCGUGGGCUUGAUUCCAAGGGAGUGAAGGCUGUGCUCGUUGAGCGAUUGGAAAACGCUUUGCUCGAUGAUGCUGAGGAAGUUGGAAAUGAAGAUGAACCGACCGAGGCAGAAGGAGAUGACAAUUUUGAUGACGAUGUAGUAGAAUUGGCACAAGAAGCGCUCCCAGAAGCAGAACAAGGAUUUGGUGAUGAAUUUGGAAUUGGAUUUUCAGGGGAUCAGGAAGGCACCGGCCAAGAAGCUGAUGAUGAUCUCUUGCAAGAAGGUGAAGAGGGUGGAGAUGACCAGCUCUUAGCAGACUUGGAGAUUCCUCCCGCAAUGGAGGAACCAGAAGCUGAAGCAGCACCUCAAGAUGUUGAUGAACCCCAAGAGGAAGAGUCUAUGCAACAAGAGGUGGAAGCUGUGCCUCAAGUCACAGAAGAUGCACCACAAGCAGUGGAGGAACAGGGGCAGGAUGAACAGCAACCAGAAGGCAUGGAGCAAGCAGUAGAGAAGGAAGGGGAAAAUGGAGAGCAGACUGGGGAUGGAGACAAAAAAGAAGAAGACAAAGACAAGGAAAGGAAACGAGACCAUGAAAACAGGAACCGUGAUCGCCGAUCUGGAGGCAGGGAUCGAUCUCCUAGAAGAAGAACACCCCCUCCUGUGACCAUGGAAGAAGAUGAUGAUAUUCCAGACACACAGUGUGUGCUCAGCAAAUACCUCUCCGACUUGAAUCUGAAAAUUGGUAAGGAUGGCUACAAUAUCUGUCCCCUCAGCAUGGAAGGAUUCGCAUACAUGUGGGGAGGAGUCAAGGCUACCCAUGGAGUGAACAAAGGAAAGGUCGCAUUCGAAUGCAAGCUGGAGUCACAAGCUGAUGUACGUCAUCUUCCCCCUGAAGAGAACAACAGACAUGUUGUCCGUGUAGGAUGGUCCAUUGACGCUUCUUCUCUUCAGUUAGGAGAGGAAGACUUUUCCUUUGGGUAUGGUGGAACAGGAAAGGCAUCAGUCAAAUGCAAGUUUGUGGACUUUGGAGAGAAGUUUGGCGUGGGUGAUGUCAUCGGGGCGUACGUGGACUUUGAAGGAGAGAAGCCUACCAUCUCGUACACCAAGAAUGGAACUGACCUUGGUGUUGCUUUCACCAUUGAAGAAGAUCUGAAUGGUCAAGCCCUGUUCCCUCAUUUCAUGGUCAAGAACAUCUCAGUUGAGGUCAACUUUGGCCAGAAGGAGGAGCCAUAUUUUCCUUUGAAGGAAGGAUUCUCUUUCCUAGGUCAGCUACCCGCCGAGGACACAGAACGUGGACCUAAACCUCCUGCAACCAAGAAGGAUUGCGAGAAUGUUGCAGUGCUGGUAGGCUUUGCUGAUGAGUGGAGCCCUUGUAUCAUACCAGUUAGUCAUAUUCUGGAAGGAGCAAGUGUCCAGCAUACAUUUGUUACUGUCUUGUGGAAGGGAUCUCUUCUUCGCGGAAAAGUGCUGUCUGUUCUGCGCAAUGCAGAGGAUGUUAAGAUGCUGGUCCAGUAUCUUCCAUGUCCUGUCUCUCUUGAAUGCAAGAACAAGCUGCUGAUGAUGGUGGGUCUGCCUGGCUCUGGCAAGACAACAUGGACCAUCAAGGCUUGCAAGGAGAUGACCGACAAGAAGUACUACAUCCUUGGUACCAACCUCAUCAUGGAUAAGAUGAAGGUGAUGGGGCUCCGCCGUUCGCGCAACUAUGCCGGCCGUUUUGACAAGUUGAUGGACUUGGCUACCAAGUGCUUGAAUCGAUUCUUUGAAGUUGCAGCCCGGAAGCGCCGUAAUUACAUUCUUGACCAGACAAAUGUGUAUCCCUCCGCAAGAAGAAGAAAAAUGCGCCCUUUUGAGGGUUUCAGCACCAAAGCAAUCGUAUUAGUUCCCUCUGAGGAAGAGUUUAAGAAGCGGAUCGAAAAACGCACUAAAGAAGAAGGCAAGGACGUCCCGGACCACGCUGUGAAUGAGAUGAAAGCCAACUUUGAGCUCCCUGAGAAGGGUGUGCUCUUUGAUGAGGUGGAGUACAUUGAGCUGAAUGAGGAAGAGUGCAAGCCCCUGGUAGAGCGCUACCGUAAAGAAGGCAAAGAGGCUGGAGGACUCAAACCUCGCUUUGACCGUCGUCCUGGUGGAAGAGACUUCCGAGGAGGCUAUGACCGUGGUGGAUACGGCCGUUAUGACGAUCGACGAGGAGGCUAUGGUGGGGGCGGUGGCUAUCGCUCUGGCUCUGAUUAUGGUGACCGUCGUGGAGGCUAUGGUGGUGGUGGAGGAGGAGGUGGAUACAGAGGAGGCUACCGUGAAGGAGGUUGGAACCGUGGAGGAGGCGGAGGUGGUGGAUAUGGUGGUGGACGUGGCGGCGGUGGAGGAUACAACAGUGGUGGAUACGGAGGCAGUGGUGGCUACGGUGGUGGACGUGGCGGCGGUGGCGGAGGAGGAGGAGGAUACAACAGUGGUGGAUACAACAGUGGUGGCGGUAACCGUGGAAGCUCAAGCUAUGGAAGUGGUGGUAGCAGCAACUACAAGGGCAACUCAAGCUCUGGUAGCUAUGGAAGCCAGAGUAGUGGUGGAAGCUAUGGCAAUCGUCAGAACCAAAGCUCCCAAAGCUCCUACAACAAAUACGGAAACCAGUCCAACUACCAACAGAAUAAGCAGUCAAGUUACAACCAGCAGUCUACCUACGGCAGUGGCAGUGGCAGUUCAACAAGCAACUAUAGCUCAAACCAAGGCUAUGGUUCCUCAAACUACAGCAACACUUCAGCCGGGUAUGGUAGUAGCAGUAGCAGCAACACCACUGCCGCCGCUGCCGCUCCCGCCAGCACCGGCUACAACCAGGGCAGCCAAAGCUCUUACAACCAGUCAUACCAGCAACAGACCCCACAACAAAACCAAUCAACCCAGCAACAGUACGCCAACUACCAACAGCAGUAUCAGCAAUACUACCAACAGAACCCUCAGUAUGCCCAACAGUAUGCUCAGUACUACGGCAACUAUGGCAACUAUGGAGGUUCUGGGUCCACUCAGUAAACGAGGUGGUCAAAGAACAAGGUUGGGAUGAUUAUUCAUGAGACAUGGGUAGUCCGUCCAAAUCUUCGCUCUUUGAUUUGUUCAGGUUUCUCUGUGAGUAGGUUGACCUCAAUAAGUCUUGUUGAUUUUUUAGAACUUGCAUGAUAUUUUCUGACUCUUUCAAAUGUAUAUUUAGCAAGAUAUGGAUAUCUGUGUAUUGUACCCCACUAGAAUUAAAAAAUCUGGAUGACAAACACAAUAACCUAUAGAAUGAAAAAUGGUGUAAAUAUACAGUUUGAAAGGAAAUUGCAAAAAGAAAGAAGGAUAAGUGAAUACAGUGGGUAACAGAUUCUAAAAAUGUCAAAUAUAAGACAGUGUGUAAAUAGUAAUAAAAUGAGGGAGAUUAUCAAUGUUUGUAUUUUUAAAAUGUUGUUUUAUGGAUUGAAACGUUAGAUUUUGUAUUAGUUUAUUUUUAAUUUUUGUUGGAUUUGAUUUACACACAAAAUGAAACUUUUGGUAUGUCAGUGAGGUUUUCUGUCCAUUGUGAUAUUUGUUUACUAGUAAUCAUGAAAACAAUUUUGCAUUCUUAAUUAGUCUCCAUGUGUCCGUUUUACAGUUGAAAAACAUUCCGACAUCAGGAUUUGUUAUGAAUCUAGUCUUUGCUUCUGGAUACACACCACUACACAUUUUCUUUUAGUAUUUGAUAAAUUGUGUGUCAUUUCAGUAGAUUUACAGCAGCUUUUACUAAAAGUGAUCCGGAGGUAAAAAGUCAAACGGUGAAUAUCAUUGUGCUGUAUAUGAUGUGUUGUGUUUUAUGUGUACGUUAUUGAACCAGUAAGUCAUCAUAUCUGUAAGAAGUUAAAGCAGGAAAUUGAAGUUCAUGUUUUUAGGUACUCCCUCUAGUGAAAAUAUAAUCAAUAUAUAUCGCACAUAUAAAAGAAGGGAUUCUAAGAUUACAAAAAACUUAUAAGAGGACUUCAUUGAACGUAAAGAAAUCAACAACAUACACAUCAAUAAUAGAGACAUCAAACCUACAUGUAAAUACAUACUUUCAUGUUAAUGCAAUUACUGCUAUUUGAAUCUUAUUCUUGCCUUCACUUUGAGAAGAGCAUUGGUUCUAUGAUGAUUACUGAAAUGUGUUUCUUAAUUUUGUACAUACAUUUAUUAUGCAAAUUUGAUGAAAGGAAUGUUUUGUUAGAUGUAGACUUGUUGAUUAUCUCAAUCCAUCUACCAUGCUAUCUCAGGAGACAGAAGACUCUUUCCUGACUUAAUAAAUUUCUGAACUGUGAA